AUGGAACAACAUCGCGACGACUAUCUUCAUAUUCUAUCACAAGGCCCUGCCUUUGUCGAAACGAAGCGGAAUCACUCGCAGGAUGACUCUGAUAUACUACACACAAAAGGCGUACAUGGUUUGCGGCGAGACAUCCGUCGGAUUAUCAUUGAUCGCCUUGCCAGACAUGGAGUAUCCACAGAGGGCAUUCCGGCAUUGAUGCUCGAGCACUGCCUUCCAAAGAAUGAUGCUUAUACGAAAGACUGGAAGGCCCUUAUUCACACACCUCUCAAAGUCUCAGAUCAGAUGCUUCUAGACAUGCUUGGGCUAAGGACGGCAAUGGAGAGAACGCAACCCGACAAUGGCAGUCGGCAAACCUUUGUCUAUAUCCGUUCAUUUCAACUGACCGUGGUUCAACUAAUCGACAUCAUUGCAGAGUUCCAUGGAACCGGUCUUCAAUAUGCAAAGGCGACUGCGUGGCUGAGGAGUAUAGAAAUGAUGCGACCCCAGGAGCUGGUCUUUGUGAGAUAUGUGGGGAGAACGACUCGAGAGGCUCUCCGACGACACCGAGAGGAUUUACUUAUACGGAAAACUGGGUUUCUGGCCAGAUUCCUCUCCACCCUAGAGAAGAAUUACCCAAUGGUGAUAGACUCAGCAAUGAUCCAUGUAUUUCCAGCCAGACAACUCAAGGGACUGCGCGAAGUGUCUAAAUAUAACAGAAUCAGUGAGCAGGCAGCAAUAGCAUUACUGGGCCUGCCCUACUUGUUGAAUCAAACGAUGACCGACUUCGUCGACUGGCAGUUUGACCCAAGUCCAUCAUAUCGCCAGGCAUUUGUGGCCCUUGCUACCGACACUAUCUCUCGCAUGAGUCCUUCCAGAUUUCAUAAACGCCCCGCACCGAUGUCCCUCAUAGCUUGGGGGAACGGAAUUCAAAGAUACGCAAGAGAGCACAAGCAAGCGGUGUCAGUUUGGCGGAACAGUUGUCAUGAAUUUCCUGACCUCCUCAAGCAUAUGAUGGUCAAACAGGCAACACCCUCUCUGUUUGAGGGCAAGUAUGUACUUAUGCUCACCGUUGGAGCCGGGAUUAGCCAUGGCAGCUACAGAACGGCCGAAGCAUUUUAUACUGGACACAGCAGCUCAGCGACCCUGAUAAAAUCUUUUCUAUCAAGGCUCUGGCGGUGGGAGCAACCGAGAAACUGUGUUGAGCAUGUCCUAAGCGAUCUCAUUGACGCCGGUGCUUUUCCAUUUGUGGAUUUAUGUCCCUGGCACAAGGCAGAGGGGAGUAAUCUACAAGCAGCGGCUGGCUUUUUGAAGCAAUACAUUGGGUUGACAAAGCCACUAAUCAUGCUGACAUUCUCAGUCAAGCCUUCAUCACUUAUAGCCUCGGGCUUUGAAAGGUCACAAGGCAGCGCUUCCGACUUUUGGACUCGAGUUGGUAGUUUGGAGCUUGUGCACCCAGCGGAAGGGCUAUGCUGCAUACAGAUUCCAUGUUUUCAUCCAGGUCAAGGACGAUACUCAAUCAAGCCAGCUGUUUUCCUCAAAGUCUUUGAUAUGACACUCUGGGUCUUGCUACUUACCAUCAAUGUGACACUCGAUUCAAUGGCGAAGUUUGACGCAACGAAUCGGCAUGGUUGGUGUGAGUUUAUCAAAGCAAACGUCGAGAGUAUCCUGCAUGAUCAAGGUUUCUGCACAAAGUUCAACAAUCUUAAAGCAAGUCUGUAUUCUGAGAGACCGACACCUGGAAUGGCCUGGCCUACCUCGAGUGAUAGAAUCGCCACUGCGGUAGCGACGCGAAAAGACGUAGAUCGGUACAUAUACAGCGGCUAUGCAGUAGACGGCAGCAUGUCCACAAGACGAAGGCAACAAGUCUACCGCUUAUGGAUUAUGGAUAUACCAGAGCUCCACGUACACAUCAACCGCGACAGGGCCCAAGAUUGGUUCACAUGGGCUAAUCAUCUAGAAGAAGGGACAUCUUUUUUUGUUCAUGCCAUGGCCCUAGCAAUAUGGCAGGUAUACUCAGCCGAAUCUUUUCCGACUAUUCUUGGCCCACAUGUAUCCAUUUUGCAGUUUCUCAAAGGAUUGAGCCUAGGUGACUGCCUGAGUGAAAAUCUUACCCGUGUCAUUAAUUCACGUCAGAAAUGGGCCUCCUCUAAGGACGUACUCGAAACCCUCACGCUCGAGCUGUCGAUUGAUCAGCGGUUAUGGCAGCAAAUGCACGAUGAGCCCAUCCAUAGCAGCUUGUCUGUAGCUGUUCUGUCGCGAUACAAACCGUUGUAUCAGGCGCAGUUAAACGGGAGAGAGGUAUUUCUUUGGAAGAAUCGGUCGCUUGCUCUUCAUUGGGCAAGCCCUUCGGGAGUCAACUAUAAAUUCGUACUGCGCGCUCCUCAAUCCAGUCAAAACGAGACGUACGCUCGAAGGAAGUUCUUGUUUUUUACAAAAGACGGAAUAGACCUUCGCGAUAGUAAUGGCGACUCAUGUUUGGUGCACGGAGGGGCAUUGGGGUCACAAAAUAUGGUCACGUUCCCUGUCCACCGACUCCCCAGUUGUCAAGACACUCCAAUCUUGGGGGAGCAACUGGUUAGACUCUGGGAAUUUGAGACAGGCCACGAUUGGAAGGAAACCACUUCCCCGCAACCGAUUACAGUCCUAGCUUCGCUGGCUGACGACGAGCAAUAUUGUCUUCCAGAAAGUUACUUCAUUGGGGAAGGUCUGGAGUUGAUACGAUGGAACUGGACAGGCGAAAAAUUGGCACCGUACAGAAAACCACCGAGUCCAGCAGACGAGAUGUGGCUUUUGUGGAUGUGUCUUCAGCAACACUGGCCGGACGGAGGGUUGCUGUUUAUCGGGAUCCCAGAGAAAUGGCCAUCACGAAGGGAUAAUAUCUGGACACGUUUCAGAGACUUCCUUGAGCAACCCCUUGUUCGUAAACACCCUCGAAUUAGCCUUGUCAAAGCAUGGACUCGUGACCUUCUGCACACCCACAAAACAUCCCAGAUGCUCAAGAACCUGGCACAUCUCUGUCGGAUCUCGGAGAAGAAGAAGAUCCAGGCUCGAGACCGUGCAAGGAUUCAGAAAGAAGGGAAGGAUGUCAAGAUUGCGGGUACGGAGCUUCGCAUACAACUUUUAUGGCCACGGAGCGCACAUCCAUCAUGUUAGGUAUUGAUGAGAGAGUUGGACUUAAUGAUUCGCCGUCUUAGCUGGACGCCAGUUAUCUGGACGGACGUCGGAAUGAUGGUUAAUGAUCAGUUCAGACUCCUCACGACCGCCGACUCGUGCUGAUCAGCGAUAAAUCAGAACAAAGUGAGAGAUCCGAUAGGUAACUGAGCGGAAUAUUGAGUAUCUCCAGCCUUUAGAAUAACCCAUGAUGAAUAGCCGGGGUCCAUGUCCUGCCGUUACUG